AGCUUCUCUUUCUCAUUCCAUAAAACCCGAGCUGGACGCUUUGCAUAUCAUCACAUCAGUUUCACAUCAGUUUCAGUAACAGUAUCAGUAUCGGAUUUAUCUCUUCCCUAUCUCUCAUACCAAUUUCACUUUCAGGAUUUUUAAUAUGGCAGAUACAAAACAAGGAUUGAGGAAGCCAGUGUUUACUAAGGUUGAUCAGCUUCGCCCUGGGACCAGCGGGCAUACCUUAAUUGCGAAGGUGGUUGAUUCGAAGAUGGUGAUGCAGCGUGGUCGUUCUGAUGGUCCUCAACCCCGUCAAAUGCGAAUUGCUGAAUGUUUGGUUGGUGAUGAGACUGGAAUGAUCAUAUUCACUGCAAGAAAUGAUCAGGUGGAUUUGAUGAAAGAAGGCUCAACUAUAAUCCUGCGUAAUGCCAAAAUUGACAUGUUCAAAGGAUCAAUGAGACUUGCCGUGGACAAGUGGGGCCGUGUUGAAGUUGCAGAACCAGCUACGUUCACUGUUAAGGAAGAUAAUAACUUGUCCUUGAUUGAGUAUGAACUGGUGAAUGUUGUUGUCGAAUGACUUGUUGCGAGCACUCUGAAAUGUUCUAAUGAAGAAUAAAAACCAUCCAGCAAAGAAAUCUACUUUUAUCUAUGGGAAAUAUGAUCAUGCUCGACACCGUUCAUCUUACUAGAAAUAGAGAUUUGUGUAGCCAUUAGUACCAAAAGCCGCUUCUUACUGUUGCAAGCCACAGAGUCAAUGGAUCAUGUAGCUUUAACCACCAAAGAGAGAUGGUGAAUGUAAGUGGAAGAAAAAAAAAAGGGAAUUGGUUUCCAGAUCAUACUUUUUGUUAUGGCUAUCUAUUUAUAUUUUGAUUAUGUGUAUCGUCGUCUACCAUGGAUUAUAUGUAUCACAAUAUUUCAUAUCGCAGGUGAAUGUUUAUAACUUUAUACCUAAUGCAACCCUUUGUUUAGUCACAA